GUUGCCCAGCGGCCGCCUGGCGCUUCCUGUUUCCGGUUCCCGGAGUGGAGCGCAGCGAGGCGCCUGGGGAGGGCUGGCCUCUGACACGAGCUCUGGGACCGGGGUCUGCGGCUGGCCCCGUCUCCCAGCCCAGACAGGUACUCACCCGGGGACUCUGAGCUUUGGCUACUCCCUUUGCCCGUGACACGAUGUUCCCCUUCUACAGCUGCUUGAGGACUGGACUGCUACUGCUGCUAUUCCUGGCUGUGGCAGUAAGAGAAUCCUGGCAGACAGGAGAAAAAACCUGCGACCUGAUAGGAGAAAAGGGUAAAGAGUCCGAGAAAGAGUUGGCUCUACUGAAGAGACUGAAGCCACUGUUUAACAAAAGCUUUGAGAGCACUGUGGGCCAGGGCCCAGAGAUGUAUAGCUACAUAUUCAGGGUGUGCCGGGAAGUUAGCAACCACACCUCUGGGGCAGGCCUGGUGCAGAUCAACAAAAGUAGUGGGAAGGAGACAGUGGUUGGGAGACUCAACGAGACUCACGUCUUCAAUGGAAGUAAUUGGAUCAUGCUGAUCUAUAAAGGGGGUGAUGAAUAUGACAAUCACUGUGGCAAGGAGCAGCGUCGUGCAGUGGUGAUGAUCUCCUGCAAUCGACACACCCUAGCGGACAAUUUUAACCCUGUGUCUGAGGAGCGAGGCAAAGUCCAAGAUUGUUUCUACCUCUUUGAGAUGGAUAGCAGCCUGGCCUGUUCCCCAGAGAUCUCCCACCUUAGUGUGGGUUCUAUCUUACUAGUCACGUUUGCAUCACUGGUUGCUGUCUAUAUCAUCGGGGGUUUCCUCUACCAGCGAUUGGUGGUGGGAGCCAAGGGAAUGGAGCAGUUCCCCCACUUAGCCUUCUGGCAGGAUCUUGGCAACCUGGUAGCAGAUGGUUGUGACUUUGUGUGCCGUUCUAAACCCCGAAAUGUGCCUGCUGCAUAUCGUGGUGUAGGGGAUGAUCAGCUGGGGGAGGAGUCAGAAGAAAGGGAUGAUCAUUUAUUACCAAUGUGAUUGCACUUUAAAUGUCCAGCUGCUUCUUCAGUCCCCUAAACCAAAGCAUACGCAGCCAGAUUCCUUAAGCAGUCUCCACUCCAGUCUCUCAUCUUACCCUUAAUAUUGCUCUUGCUUUCCAGUUUGCUUUCGGUUUGCAUCCUUGUCUCACUAGUAGAAAUGCCUUCCCUUUGUUGCCUAUUUUCUGUUUUUGCUCUAGAGAGCUACACUUGUAGGACAGAGAUAAUAUAAAAGGGCCUGUGACAACAGAGGCUGUUGCGCUCUCUGUUGGUAUCAGAAGGUACAAGUAGGAUAGUUACAGUGAGCAGAAAGGUGUGGCAGGCUCCCUAACCGUUUCUUUUUUAAACACAUUUUCACAAGUUCUUGAGACACUGGAUUUUUAAUUAAAAAAAAAGCAAAGAAACAUUAUUUAUACAAGGAUUGAUUGCUUUCAUGCUGUUCCUCUGUACCCUACAGUAGUCUCCAUGAGAAUCUGGAUGCAAUUUCUUGCUGCUUGGAACUACUUUGCAGUUGUUACUUGGUUACCAUCCAAGUACUGCCAUUUGGUCUGAGCCUGGAGAUGCUGAAGACUUGCUUUUCCCACCUCUGGGAUUAGGAUGGGAAAAAUGUGAAAUUUCCCAUUUAGAGGAUUAUAAGGUACCAUCGCAUCAUUGUUGGCAUUGGAGUGACUUUAUAGCUGGAACUGGGCCCUGGAUUUUGUGGUUUUCGUGGUUAUUAGUCCAUAUAUAGCCAAAAUGCCUAAUCCAGAAAUCCAGUCCAUUGGGAAAGGGACCCUGAAACUGCCCUCCUAUGCUACAGGGGUUCCAGAAAAGGGAAGUCUGUUUACCUUGUAGUGGGAUCUCCUUAAUGGCUUUCUUCUCCCACUUGUAGUAAAAGCUGACAAAGCUUUUCUCAUUCCUAGGAUGUUUCCCUCUACCAGUAUUUCUAAACAUACGUUGCACUUUCUUCUCAGGCAUGUCAUUUAGACUUUUUCUCCACUAUCUUCUGGAAAGGGAAUGGAAGCACAAGUGGGAUAUCGAGGGCUCUGUCAUCCUCUGCUCUGGGUGUAGAAUGCUGCUGCACCUGUCUCUUCUCCUGGCUCAGGGAAGUGUCUUCUUGCCCACAUUUCUGUGGGGAAAGGUUUUUAAUCCUCUGAUGCUUCCACCCUUCUGUUGAGGCCCUGUGCCCAGAAACCUGGCCUGAUCUUUCUGUAACAGGGAACCUGGGCCAGUGAAGAGUAAUAUGGCUCCACUGGACACAGAACAAUGGAAUCAAUAGGCGGGGCCUUUUAUAGCCUUUAGAGAAGAAAAUGAAGUUAUUUGAACUAGCAACUUCUAAAUACAAUUGGAGUGAUUUUUUUUUCUUUCUAAACAGGGAAAAUAAUGUUAUAAAAGCAUCUUUUUCUGUUAUUUGUUUGCAUCCUCCCCUACACUGGUGUUUUAAAAAUGCAAAAAACACUUUUUGUACAAAAAACACUUAA